AUGGACGACGCCUCGGCUGAUUACUCAGCUGACAGCGUGGUUUAUUCCCCUGGCAUCCUGUCCCGCAUGCUGAGUCAGAUUCUUGUGAGCUCCACCAGGGGGCACCGGUCCCACAGUUGGACACGCAGCUCUGAGCCUGUCUUCAUCCUGAACCCUCCAGCCUCAGUCAAACUGUCCCACGCUGCCUCGCCCCCCUCCGCUUCUGCUCCUCCUUCUCCCGCCUCCUGGCUCCCGCGGGCCCACCUGGACUCCCAGUCAGCCUUCUCCCUCCAUGAGGGGCGGAGGGACGUGCCGGGGGCCCAGCAUGUGGACCCUCAGGCCCCGGAGCCUGCUGCACAUGGGAGCAUCAGGGAACUGGGACGACGGUGCCAGGAUGCAUCAACUUUAACAGACCUUUGUUCAGACCUGCCAGAGUUGGAGAUAGUGAGUCUCUUAUCUGAGGGUCAGCCCAACUACACUCUGCGAGCAGACAGCGUGUUUGGCUACGACAAUGACGACUGGCUGCACACCCCCCUCCUGCCACCAGAGGUCGCCCUGGGACUGACCCACGAGCAGAUUGAGGAGACGUUCAAGUACUUCUUGCUGUGCUCAGACAGAGUGGGACAGGUCACCAAGACGUACCAUGACAUUAAGGCCGUCACCCACCUGCUGGAGGAGAAAGAGCGGGAUCUGGAGUUGGCCGCGCGCAUCGGCCAGUCGCUCCUGAAGCAAAACCAGGCGCUCAGCGAACGCAACGAAAUGCUGGACGAGCAGCUGGAGAUAGCGAAGGAGGAGAUCGCUCAACUUCGCCACGAGCUGUCGAUGCGAGACGACCUCCUGCAGUUCUACGCCAGCACCGAGGAGAUCGAGAACGCAGAGUCACACUCGCCAAUGAAGAGGAACGAGUCGUGCAGUUCGAUCAGCAACUUUGUCCACUAUGACUUCCUGCAGCAGAAACUCAAGGGUUUAGAGGAGGAGAACCGCAAACUGAGACUAGAGGCCAGCGAGCUCACCACCGAGACGACCAACUACGAGGAGCAGGAGCAGGAGCUGAUGAUGGUGUGUGUGGAGGAGCUCUCGUCCGUCAACAAGCAGGUGGUGGACCUGUCCGAGGAGCUGGCGCGGAAGGUGGAGGACUGCCUCCGCCAGCAGGAGGAGAUCAGCUCGCUGCUCGCCCAGAUCGUGGACCUGCAGGCCCGCUGCAAAGUGCUCACCCACGAGAACGAGGAGCUGAACCAGCACCUGGGCGCCUCCCGUGAGAGCCAGCUGAAGCUGAAAUCAGAGCUCAAGGACUUGCAGGACAAAUACUCUGAGUGUGGGGACAUGCUCCGCGAGGCCCGCGAGGACAUCAAGAACCUGCGAAACAAGAGCCUGCCCAACAGCACGGUGCAGCGCUACACGGCGCUGGCCUCCGUGCUGCCCAUGGACUCGCUGGCGGCGGAGAUAGAGGGCACCUUCCGCAAAGGCCUGGACACCCCCGCCCCCUCAGAAUACAGGAACCACCCAUGGCGUGUGUUCGAAACGGUGAAGGUGGUGAACAAGUGUGGGAGGUUGCGCUCCCUGUGCCAGUCCCCGGCGCUGCCGGGCUCCAGCCCGGUGUCGGCUCGCUCCAGUUGCACCAGCACCCCCCGGACCAGCUACUACGGCUCCGAUAACGCCAGCCUGACUCUGGAGGACAAGACGGGCUCCAGCAACGCCCAGAAAGAGGACGGCAGUGCGAGCGGGCCCAAGCGUCUGGGCCAGCCAGGCACGCCGGGGGGCCAGGACCUGGAGGCCGCGCUGCGCUGCCUGUCGGCCCGUCAGCAGAGCCACUCGUCGGACCGGCCCUUCUUCGACGUCGAGCGCGAGCGCAAACUCCGUGCCUUGGCGGCGACCUGCGAGGAGGCCGAGGGCUCCAGCGGCUUCCUGACCCCCAACGACAGCCUGGGCUCCAGCCCCGCGGCCUCCACCGGCACCAACUACUCCAAUGGCAGUUCGCGGCACUCCUGCGGCUCCUCGGGCGGGUCCAGGUCCUACCUCCCCGAUCGGCUGCAGAUCGUCAAACCUCUGGAAGGCUCGGUGACUCUGCACCAGUGGCAGCAGCUGGCCAAGCCCAACCUGGGGGGCAUCCUGCAGCCACGCCCCGGGGUCCUGACUAAAGACUUCAGGGAGCUGGAGGUGGACAUUCAGCACGUCUACAGUCUGAACGACCUGGAGGAGGACGAGCCCGACCUGUCGCAGCUCUCUGCAGCGCACGGCCUGGCAGCCCCUGCAUCCGGCCUCAACCUCCCUCAGACCUCCCCCACACACACCGUAACCACCUGCAAAGUCCUCCAACCCUCCCUCCUCCUCCCCUCCAUCUCCUCUAGCCUUCACGCUUUCGUCCUGCCAUCUUGUCGGAGCUGUGAGCACGUGAGCCCCUCGCCUCCGUCCCACCAGCACCACCUCGGCGGCGGAGGCCGAGCCGCCACCGCCACCACCACCACAAACACGACCACUCCGUCACUGGGACUCCUGAAGCUGCUGCAAAAGCACGGCAUCUCCGCUUCCCCCCAUCCCCACGUCAACCUGCGUCACAGCCACAGUGCAAAGCCGCCCACACAACAAGACAAAGGUGGAGGCUCCUCGUCGGGCAAAGACGGGGCCACGAGGAACAGGUUCAGCCUGAACUUGGUGGGGAAGCUUCAGCGUCUUGGGCUGCACAGAGUGGCAGCCUGGGGCAUGUUGGGUCAUAGUGGAGAGAGCGGAGCAAAGGAAGCUCUACGAAAGCCUGACGAGAGCUGAUCCACCGGUCGUCUCAUGUCUCAUCCACUGCAGUGACUUUGCACCAAGCUCUGUGUUUCCCGCUGUGCAUUCAGGGCCGGUCCUAGAGCCAUAAGCAUCACAGUCUACAUGAGCUUAUGUAGAGUAGCGAAAGUGUUGCAUCGACAUCUUCACCUCAGGACAGUCACCUGAUCUCCGGCCUGGUCGAGGGACACACCCCGCUUCGUUUUUACAUAAAACAAGAAACCGCUUGGAGGAAAAAAAAAAGUUUUAUAUUGUUUUUUUUUCUUUUUGACAUUUUAGAAUUUUCCCUUUUUACUGGUUUUAAAAAACCUUAUCACUUUCAUCUUUCAUUGUUUCCAAAGUGAAACAUCACCUCUGCUUGUGUAUAUACCAAAUACAUACAGUAAAUAUAUAUAUAUAUACACACACACAAAAGGACAGAAAAGGACUAUGUGCAGUAAAUUAUUAAUAGUAAAACCAGAAACCAAACAAACGUUGCCACACUGAAAUCUUUCAAAUGCACUAAAGACACUGGUCUUCCUGCUUCUUAGCUGCUACACUGAGACAAGCAUGUUGUAUGUGACCUUGUUAGAUACACAGUAGUGACUUAAUCCACCAUGAAGCGCCGCAAUAACGGCCGGACGGAGGAGCUGACGACCUUCGGUCCGCUCAUCACACGUUGUCAUGGCUGCAUGGAAAGCGUCUGACUUCACGGACCUCCUCCCGAGUGAGCGGCACCAGAACCACGACGGCUUCUCUGCUCACUCUGGAGUCACUACGUGUGUUUGGGCGAAACGCUCGCUUGUACAAAACCGCUGUAUCGUCAGCAGCUUUGAAUAUUAAUGAAUCGCAAUCACUUCGUUGGGGAUUGAAGGUGAAUUCCUCCUUACGUUAAGGGGAGCUCCUGUUUGAAGUAGAACUGUGCUGCAUCUGAACAAUCACGUAGCAUAAAGGCAUAGGAUGCUCUAAAGGGAAGAAAACACGGGUUCUAUAUAUCAUUUGUGUUCUGAGUGUAAUCGGCUGCACUGUUUCUCUGCACUGCUGCUUGCUGUUGUGUGUCUGCAUCAUAGCUGUACAUGUCGGCGUGUGUAUAAACUGUACCACAUAGAAUAAAACGGCGUUUCCUUCCAGCACA